CUGAUAUUAAAAAGAAGAUGAAUAGUCAGUUAUCUUCCAACAAUACAUCCGCAAGAGAAAGAGCUGCUACUUUUGGAGGCCAACAAGAGGAAAAUUUCGCUCAAAAUCCUGCUGAUGGAGGUACAGCAUCCCAAAAUUUUGAGGCAUAUCUUUCAAAAUAUGAGUACUUACGGCUGAAUUAUGAAAAUGAAGGAAUUUCACAAAGCUCACUACUACUAUUAAGAAGAUUGUCAAAAAGUUUCCAUGAUAAUGACCCUAGUUUGUCUAAUUUGCCCAUUCUAAAAGAGAUGGUAAACGUUUGCAAAAAGUUGAUGCUAAAUGACUUCGAAAUACUCAUCUGGGCGAUCUAUCUCAAGGAAACAGUUCUGAACAGGAAUGAUGUUAUUGAUUACCUCAGCACAAGUGCUAUGUUUGUAAAAUAAGGAUCUAAAUGAAAAUGAUGUAUUUAAAAUUUUUGAAACUUUCUUUGCACAUAAUCAUUAUGAUGCUUAUGCAAAGUAUGCAUCAAGUAGCAAACCUCAAGUGACACUAACUUUGAAAAGAAUCAAUUAUUAUAACAUGACACUUCUCGCUCCCUUUGACGAUGGGAGAGAUAAAGAGGUACAAGAUUUUAAUUACGAAGUUGAUGCCUUGGAAGACGAGCAUGUGAGGAGGGAAGUUCAUACAACAAAAGUUGUAGUCGAUGAUAAGAAUAAUGAUGAUAAUAAAGGUGGCCAGCAAGAUGGUAGUUAUACAGAAACUUCUGGGAAGGGUAAUAAGAGAGUCAGGAAAGCGAGGACUAAAGCACAAGAUAUUGUAAAGGUGACCCCGCAACCAAUCCAGCAGGUAACGACACAGUCUCCUCAAAAUAUACCCAAAAAUUUUAUUAAAGAGAAAAGAGAGGCAAAGAAAUCUUUUGAUUUUCUGAAUGAAGAUGACAAGAGUGACCAAGCUAAUGAAUCUCCUUUUGCAUCUAUCCCAAAGUUUCCUUCCUUGAUGAGUAAAAUGAGGGAGCUACCAACUACUAAUACUCCAGUUGCUGAGAAGAAAGGACAACUUUUAUUCAGCGAAAUAGGAGCAAGUGUGAAAAAGCCUGAUGAAAAAUCUGCUGAUUCCCUCUAUCCUUUUGGUAACAACUCAACCAAUGCUGCUCCUACUAUAACAGCUCCUUUCAAUAAUAGACCAAAGCCAUCGAUAGAAUCACUUGGAGGUGGGUAUGGUGCCUUUGAUCAUAUUGAUGACCAGAUUGGCUUUGCCAGCAGAGAAUUUAUGCAGGACAAGUCCCAGGAAUUCAAAAGUUAUAUGAAUUCCUCUUUUAAGACCAAUUUCAACCCUUUUGCUAGUGGGGAGUUUGGUAGAAGCAUGGAACCAAAUGAUGUAUCCAACGGCUUACAUCAUCCAGCUCCUAAAUACCACAAAUAAUCUCCUAAGCAGAGACAUAUGUUUUUAUUCUUUUGUUUUUCGUA